CUGUUGCAAAGAUUUAGUAUAAAGUGUUCUGCAAAGCGCAGGAGACGCGAGUCGAAGGAAAGAAAAAAUGGCAAACGGCAAAGCAUGAAAUCAUAGAGCGCCGGGACGACGUUUGGAAGUGUCGCUGGCGGAAACAUCUACCGUCCACCUCACCACGUCUCUCCUUUGCGGAUUGCCCUCCGAAAACUGGGACACUGCCGCCGUCGCCUGACGUACGAUCGCGUGCGUGUUACAACGUCAGGGUAAACAACCCUUAUUGGCCAUAAGACCGUGGCAGAAUGUCAAUCUUCGACCGGUAACCUGCGUUCUACGCUCGGUAUGCUCGUUACGACCCUGUUCGCCGCACGAUAACUCGGAGGUUACUGCCAACCACUUACAUUUCGCCCAUCAACGACACUGCGACAUGGGCCGCAACGGUUACCGUCACCGAUUCGCCAACGAGACACGCUCGGGUUAGCGUGGAGCGGAAAGAAAACGUACUUUCUCACGGCACCUCGGUCGGAAACGGUAUGACGGAUGACGUCUCCAGAAUAUCCAAUGAAGUCAGUGUGCAAACUAAAGGUGUUGGCAAAACGAGCUUGAUCGGUCGUUACUUGGGGAAUAUCGAACAUGCAAGUCCCACGAUAGGGGCGUCGUUCUUCAACUGCAAGAUCAAUUUGGACGAUGCGAGGAUAAAAUUGCAAGUGUGGGACACGGCUGGUCAGGAGAGAUUUCGCUCCAUGGCGCCAAUGUAUUAUAGGAACUCCAACGCUGCCAUGCUAGUGUUCGAUCUUACGCAGUACAACACCUUCGCGGCGAUCAAGGGUUGGGUGAAGGAGCUGCAACAGAACGUGGAGGAGACGAUGGUGCUAGCUCUGAUCGGCAACAAGUCCGACCUGGUGCAGCAGCGACAGGUCGACGGCGAGGAGGGUCGGAGGUACGCCACGACAAUCGGUGCUACAUAUCACGAGAUCUCGGUGCUACAUAACGAGGGGGUAGAGACCGUUUUCCUGGCGAUCGCCAUGAGCCUACGGAGAAUGGCGUCGGACAAUAACGAUAUCAACACAACCCUCAAGAUAUCCGAUUCUAAUAGCUUCCUUAGAAGCGACGAUAUGCUGCCCUCACCCUCCGUCGAGGAGAGCCCACAGAACACCAGUAUUGCACACGCCAUACACGAGAAGCCGUUUACCUGUUGCUAGUUGUAGUUUUGUUGAAAAAAAGACGGCAGUAAUUUGACAGAUCGCGCCUUUCUUAGGAACUCGCGUCAAUUACCAAAGAGUUUAGGAUCAAAAUGUUACUUGCCGCGCCUUACGGAUUGUUUCCGCAGAUCGGUGAGUCUAAUCUACAGUGUGCUCUCUGCAUCUAGAAACAUUCUAUUUUGUAGUCACUAAAUACAUUUAAAAAGUUUGCGCAAGUGAAUGAAUUGUAUACUAUAGGUAUACUGUACAAUCGUACAUUGUCGACAAAUGUUUUAAGCGUUUCGAUUUGUUUAUAUAAAAUAGAAUGUUUCUAGAUGCAGAAAGCACAUUGUAGAUUAGGCUUUAGUGAACUAGAAAUUUUUGUCUGACGAAUUCGAGAUGAAAGACAUACGCGCAGAAAUCGUAGAGCAAAUCAACAUCCGGCUCUUCCAAGCAGCUUAAAGUUCGGUUAGCCAAGUCGGAUUUAUGACAACGCUCGCGUUAAUUUAUCACGGGAAUGAAAUCGAGGGUGUCAAUGAUGGAAAUUAUAUCGAAUUUUCCAUGUAAAUGAGUAAUAAAAGUUAGCUAGACAGGUAAAAGAGAUCAUAUUUUUUGUAUAUUAAUUUUAUAUGUAGAUCUCGUGACGUAGAAAAUAAAUAAUGCGGUAUAUGAAUUCAAAGUGAUGGGGAUUGCGAUUGCAAAUUAGGAAAUGUAAUAUCCUGUAAGAAACUCAAUUAUUAACCACAAACCGUUCAAAAUUUUUCAAUUUGCUAAAUUUUUAUGUUCUAAUUCUACAUCAUAACGUGAUGGUAGAAACGCGUGGUUUUGCACGUUAUGCAAAAAUUGGUUAAUGCAUAACGAUCGCUCAGCUUGCCAUUAGAAAGCAAAUUUCUGUAAGUUACAUCUUCAUUAUUUUAUGAUUAACAUUACUUUUAUUAUUACUGUAUGCUGAUAAUUUUAUACGAAACAACAGUAUUCUACGGUGCGUGAAUUAUUUAUGAACAAAAUAGAAUAGACUUAUAUGUUAUCAAUAUUUUUCGCGAAGACUGCUAAAGUUUAAGUUUGAACCCUCUUUCUGCGCAGACAAUGAAUUAUUUUCGAUACUUUUAGGAAAAAUCUCUUUAUUUUUUUGCGUAUAUUGUGAUACGGACGUUCACGCGCCCCCUUCGAACAUAUUUCUAAAAGAUUUUAUAUCUAACAAUAAUAAAUAUAUUUGUGAUAAAAAACAUA